UGAAGCGACAAACAUAUAAACUCUUUUUUAUGGAACAUGGCGGCAUAUGCACACUUUAAAAGCAUUACGAUUCGGCGUUUACUGUUUAAACCUGAAAUGUCGCACGAUAACUUUGGAUGAUAGUGACGUCAUCCGCCUUCCUCCGCAUCCACACAGCUGAUGAUGGUCACUGGGCUCCACAGCUACGGAACUUAGCGUGAGGCUAGCCGUGUAGCCCGGUGUCGUAAGGAUAUGUUGCUUUAGACGUCCAGCGAUGCUGUGAUUUGGGAUGCACGUGGGCCCAGAUUUAUAAAACUUGGAAGAUUUCUGGAUCUGGACCUUGUGCCCUUUAUGAUGUGGAAAGACUUUCUCGUUGCGUCAACUGACCCCUUUUGGUCCACUUAAUCAGCUAAUAUUAUCAAGUCUGCACGCUAUCUCAAGUCUACACCUGCUUCUAGCAUGAUUACCUGUGCUGAUCUCACCCAGCCCACUGGGGCAAGAAGUCGGCCACACAAAGCCCUUCAAAUGAUAUGAUAGUAUCUGCCUGGAUCACUUUCUGUGCCUGCAGGAGCCUUGCACAGGUUCUGCUCUUCCAUUCUUCCACAAAGUCUCUUCCUCCAUUCUGGGAGACCCUUGCCGUCGUGGUAGCUGGUACUGGAACCAUGGGUAACAGUUGCGUGUGCCGAGAAGAUAGUGAUUUAGAAGACCAUCAACAUGGAUCAUCAAGAACAACUCGUGGUCAAGCAAGGCGGGUGGAUCAUGGUACAGGUGCAGGUGUUGAAACCGUUGAGUCUCGAAGCAGUCGACCAAGGGACCCAGUAAGGCCGCCACGUAGGGGCAGAGGGCCCCAUGAGCCAAGACGGAAGAAGCAGAAUGUGGAUGGGCUGGUGCUCGACACAUUGGCUGUCAUCAGGACACUUGUAGAUAAUGACCAAGAGCCCCCGUACUCCAUGAUCACAUUGCAUGAGAUGGCAGAGACGGAUGACGGUUGGUUGGAGGUUGUUCAGUCCCUUAUUCGGGUCAUCCCAUUAGAUGAUCCACUUGGCCCAGCUGUUAUCACCCUUCUUCUGGAUGAGUGUCCGCUUCCCACCAAGGAUGCACUCCAAAAACUCUCAGACCUGCUGAGCCUGAGUGCGGAGGUAGCUAGACAGGAUGCUCUCAAUCCUGCAAAACACAGAAACACAACGGCUGUCCUUGGUUGCCUUGCUGAGAAACUGGCUGGUCCAGCAAGUAUUGGACUGCUGAGCCCUGGCACCCUUCAGUACCUGUUAGAAAGUCUGAGUUCCGAGGCCCACCCGACGGUCAUGCUGUUCGCUCUAAUUGCCCUGGAAAAGUUCUCCCAAACAAGUGAGAACAAACUCACAAUAUCAGAGUCUUGUAUCAGCAAUCGACUUGCAGUGCUCGAGUCAUGGGCAGAUCACCCAGACUACCUGAAGAGACAGGUCGGGUUUUGCUCGCAAUGGAGUCUGGACAACUUGUUCUUAAAGGAAGGUCGUCAAUUCACAUAUGAGAAGGUCAACCUUACCAAUAUCAAUGCCAUGCUCAACAGUAAUGAUGUCAGCGAAUAUCUCAAGAUCUCUCCCAGUGGGCUGGAGGCACGAUGUGACGCCUCUUCCUUUGAGAGUGUGCGUUGUACUUUCUGUGUGGACUCAGGUGUCUGGUACUAUGAGGUGACGGUUGUCACGUCUGGUGUGAUGCAGAUUGGAUGGGCAACAAAGGACAGCAAAUUCCUCAAUCAUGAGGGGUAUGGUAUUGGAGACGAUGAAUAUUCGUGUGCGUAUGAUGGCUGCAGGCAGCUUAUCUGGUACAACGCUCGCAGUAAACCACAUGCUCAUCCCUGCUGGAAAGAAGGAGAUGUCAUCGGCUUUCUAUUGGACCUCAAUAAGAAGCAGAUGAUCUUUUACCUAAACGGGCAUCAGCUUCCUCCCGAGAAACAGGUCUUUUCCUCGACCACGUCUGGGUUUUUCGCAGCAGCCAGCUUUAUGUCAUACCAGCAGUGUGAGUUUAACUUCGGGGCCAAGCCUUUCCGUCACCCUCCUCCUGUCAAGUUUAGCACCUUUAACGACUUUGCGUCACUGCAGCCCAGUGAAAAGAUCAUCUUACCUAGACAUCGUCGUCUGGCUUUGCUGAAACAAGUGAGCAUCAGAGACAACUGUUGCACGCUGUGUUGCGACGUCAUGGCUGACACAGAGCUGAGGCCCUGUGGACAUGGUGGGAUGUGUAUGGAGUGUGCCUUACAGUUAGAAACGUGCCCGCUGUGCCGCCAAGACAUUCAGACCCGUGUCAGACUCAUUGCUCAUGUCUCCUGACACAGUCAGAGCCCAUCAUCUAGUAAAGAGAGAUCCACUCCCCCUACAGACCCACCUCCAUCCUCUCCUCUCUGAGUCACAGUCACACUGUGGUGUAUCAAAAGAGGCAUGAUCGGGGAGGAGGAGUGAAGUAGAGGAUGAAAAGAUGGGCAACCAGAUAACUCGGCUAGAUUCCUGGAACCCAAAUUGCAAAAUCUUGACUUUUCUAUACUUCGCUUUUUUGGCUUUCAGGUGAUGAGGAGUGAACAUCUUGGGCCAAGAAUCGUCAUCUUUUUACUGUUUUUUCAGAAAAGAGAAAAAUGUUAAUCUGCUCGAUCACACAGAUUGCACCUGUUAAAGGUCAUUGCUAUGUAAUCCUUAUCAACAAUACAGUCAAGGUACAGAUACAUUUAAGAUGCAGCUCUCUUUGAUACAUAAGUGUUGAUGUUUCAGUCGUUGUGUUACCAGGUAGCAUUGUCAGUGUCUCUUCUCAAGUCGCCAGAAAAAAAAAAUGUUUCGGUACCAAGUCAACUUUACUCAGUUUGAUGUUAACAAGUUGCCCAAAACGAAGAGAUGAGGUUUUGUUUACAUGAAAGAAUCCAACCAUACUAGGAAGAGAAAUUUAGUUUUGUUGGUCAUGUUCACACCAAAUUAGCUUAUCAGCUAAUUACAAGCUUUGACUUUCACUUGUUUCAUAUUUCAGUCUAGAAUAUACGAACAGUAUCUAACGACGCCGACAUUGCAUUAAGUUUUUCCCUCAACCUCAUCCAGGUUUCCCUGCAGUCGUUUCGUUGAGAUGGAGUAAUGCAAAAUCCAGGUGUGAAUUCACCAUUUGCACAAAGUGAGAAUGUAGUAGUGGGCAGGAUUGUUUCAAAGGCUACAGUAAACGUGUCUUAAUUUUUGUUUGUGAUGACAAACGUGUUUCUUGUAUUUAGACAGACAUUUCAAUCUAUAAGAUGUGAGUUAACUUAAGUAAAGCCAGAUGUCAGUCAUGUUGACAUUGAUAUGCUGUAGUAGCUACAGCUCACAAAGUGUUAAUGUUGGUCUCCCUAACAGUGGGAGGCCGUCUGUGGUCGGUUUCUGCUUCAGAUUGUGUCAGACAUGAAUGAUGGCCAAACACACCCUAAAACGUCUUUCAUGUUGGGGCUGGGUCUCCUUUUAAAUCUUGGAUCUUCUUGCCUUAAAUUGUUAGUAAUAUGAUUUGAUGAUGACUUUCAUGAAUUGCUUUAAUUGUGGACCACACCAAGGGUUAUGCAAGUGCUACACAUGAUGAUGUUGGACUGUUAAGGUGCUCGCUAACUCUUACGAGGACCAUUUGGCGACCAUGGGCAGAGCAUAGGUGACAUUAGUUCCCUCCUGUGUUCACUGACAAUCUUGACUGAAAAGAAGUGAUGAAUUGAAUUUAGUUUUGGUCAUGUUGGACAAAACCCUUGAAGACAUGAUUAGGUUCAAACAUCCCUGCAGUACAUAUCUAUUCUUUUUUUUUAAUCCUUUAACUUGAAACAUCUUUGGUUGAAAUAGUAAUGUUUAUACUCUGGAGACAAAUCUGUAAUGCGGAAAAUUUGACCAAGCUCAAGAUGUAAUGCUGAAUCAUUUCAGAUGUGUUAUAUUCAAGUUAUUUAUGGAAGAAUUCUUAAUUCACCUGACUGGAUGACUUGGAUGUGUGAAGUCACUUGCAGUGUCUCAGAACAUUGUCUGCUACCUUGCAUUUCCUGGAGCACCUUACAUGAGCAGCUGAAGAAGUAGCUGCACACAGUUCAGGAUUGUAAAAGACAAAAAAGAAGAAAAAAAGUUGUAUUUAAAACAUCUUUCAAGGAAUUAGCCCCCUCCAAGUUCCCAAAGAUGUGAUUUACAAAGCAAUUGUUGUUUCUUGAAAUGUGACAUUUGUAAUAAAUGUAUGUCAAUGUGA